AUGCUGCAGACAGUGCUACCGCAACGUGAGAAUGCUGGUAACGCUAACAUCACAGUGAUACACGUCCCCGACGUCAGCAGCAAUUCCAGCUGUCGCCGGCGAAGCUCCUGGCGUCGGCGCUGCGUGGGACGCCAUUCUGGUUCAAAUCGGCUUAAAUCAACGCGAUGUGCUAAUUGUUCGCAAAAACUGAACGAAAAAAAGUGCCAAAAAGAAGCACGAUUUUGUACGCAAUUCCGUCUUCUACGAAGGAGAAACUUUCAGCGCUUGGCGUGUCUGGAGUGUUGUGUCAACAGGCACAACGGGCAUCAGCUGGUUACGCUGGACGAGCUCGAGUAUGAGCAUCAGAAGCUGAUCAACGACCUGCACAUACUCAGUGGCAACAUCCGGACUUUACGACGCGAAUGUGAGGCAGAUUUGAAAUUUGCUCUGUCGGUGCUGGAGAACGCGGGCACAACACCCCUGCCACCAGCGGUGCUUCAACGAAUGAGGCAGCACCAGUACCACAACAGUGCCCGACUGCACAAAUUGCUGCACUUCAUUGAGGUAUUUUUAUGCGUUUUUGCAUAUAUAUAAAU